AUGAGUCGUGCCCUCCCACGAGGUGUCCGGACUCUGUCCUGGACUCGAGUCGUUCCUCGAGUCCACCGACAGACAAGAUAUGUCCAAAUUCGCGCGACGCCCUCGGCGGAGCCCACGGUAAACGGGGAUCACCUACCCCUCGCCAGCACUCCCAAUUCAGCGGAAUCACGCGAUGCGCGAUUCGACGUUGUCGGCGCCCCAUACUCGCUCCUUUCGGUGUCACUCUCGGCCUCGCAAAACCUAUACACGCGUCGAGGAACUUUGGUGGGAUUAAGCGGCAAGGCAGACAAUGUGGUUUCCACUUUGAGCGUUCUGGAACCCUUCCGCAGGGCGGUCAUCGGAGUGCCCUUCCUCUAUCAAAAGGUGUCUUCAGCGAGCCCGGUUACUGCGCUCAUUUCCACUCGCUCUCCGACGACUUCCUUCACCGUUGUGAACCUCAACGGCUCUGUGGAUUGGAUGGUGGCUCAGCGGAAUGCUCUGCUGGCAUGGACGGGCCGGUCUCUGUCCAUUAAGCCGAUUAUCAAUACGAACCUGGGCUUGUCUCACUGGGGUAGCUCCGAGGUGACCGGAAGAGGAUUGAUUGCCUUGGUUGGCAACGGCCAGGUAUACUCUGUCGAAUUGAAGGACGGCGAGCAGUAUAUCGCUCACCCUAGUAACGUGUUGGCUUACACCAUGUCCUCGAACCCCCCUCGGCCAUAUCGCUUCAAGUCCACUACACUCAGCUUCCAGGUUCCUGGCUUGAAGACAUUGCCCAGACUAUUGCAAAAGAACGAAUUCAUCAGAAAUGUGACCAAUGCCGAUUCCUGGAAGGCUACUAUGCGUUUCUUCCAUAAGCUACGAACCUGGUCUCGCAUGACCAUCUGGGGCGAUAGGCUCUUUAUGCAAUUUGACGGCCCUGCAACUGUCCUCGUGCAAUCGCGCGGUCCCCGUCUGAACGAUGUCCUGUCGGCUCAGGAGGUGAACGAGAUCGCAGGCACUCCUCGAGGACUCACAUCUUCUCCUCGGCAGUUAGAGUCUGAGAAGGAGACCGAGACGGUGGGUGUGCCUCACCUUACCCGCUCUAUUGAGACUGUGAACCAGGAGAUCAAGGGAAUCAGUCAGAGCAUUGCGCAGAUUCGCUCCGAUGGUAAGGUUGAUGUGGAGGAAGUUGGUCGCACAAAGAACGUGUAG